AUGGACCGCAUGCGCGCCCUGGGGGCGAUCCCGACGGGCAUCGUCGACGUCGCCGCGGCCGAGCGCGAGCUCAAGCGCGCGGUGGAGGCGCGAACGCGAGAGUUCUUUUCGCACUGCAGCUUGGAUGAAAUCGUGCUCGGCGUGCGCGAGGCGCUCGGGACGUCGAUCGCGAGCGACGGCGACGGACGCGAGAGAUCUGGGUUGGAGGCGCACGCGGUGAAGCGCAUGAUCGCGUGCGCGCUCGAUCGAGGGGCGCGAGAGCGAGAGUUGACGGCGCGAGCGAUGGAGGCGCUGCGCGAGAGCGGGACGCUGGACGCGGAGGACUUCGAGCGCGGUUUCGAUCGAGUGUUGGCGGAGAUGGCGGACUUGAGAUUGGAUUUCCCGGACGCGAUGGAGGAGUGUGUGACGUUUUUGGCGCGCGCGGUGGUGGACGACGUGGUGUCGGUGACGUAUCUCGAGAGCGCGUGUUCGCGAGACGGCUACGGCGAAGGUCGGGACGUGGCGAGGCGAGCAAAGGCAAAGCUCGAAGAGGUUGGGGGGGAGGAUCGCGUUCGAAGGACGUGGGGUGGUCCGGAAGGAUACAACGCGUCCAACGCAAAGGUGGAGAUGCGAGACAUCAUCGAUGAGUACAUGGUUUCCAAGGAUGGAGCCGAGGCGGAGCGACGCGUGCGCAGACUGAACAUGCCGUUUUAUCAUCAUCAGCUGGUGAAGACGGCGCUCGUACUCGCGCUUGAGCAAUCGGUGUUGAUGCCGAACAUGAUUGAGAAUGCCGUCGAUCUGCUCAAGUAUCUCGGGAAGAGUUCGCUGGUGAAUGGGAGUCAAAUGGCGAAGGGAUUUGCGCGCGUCACCAUUGCGCUCAAGGACAUCGCCAUCGAUGUUCCGAGAGCGCACGAGAUUUUUGGAGAGAUCGUCGAUCGUUCUAAGCGUGCAGGAUUAUUACCCACCGGUCUCAGCGCGUGGGCAUCACUGAAACCAGCGGCGUUCGGUGGUGACAGAUCUCGAGGACACUCGCCUCUGCUUCGAUUGGAUAGCGCCCCGGAUCUCGUCGCGUUGGCAAGGGCGACGAGUAAAUCGCCUGAUGGCUCGCCGAACUCGUCGCGCAGCGCUUCUCCAUCGCCCAUUGUCAAGGGUUUCAACAAUAUGUCGCUUUUGAGAUCGAACUCUCCCGGUUUGACGCGCAUGGGUAGCGCGCAAAAGCAAGUGAAUGCCCGAUGGAGCGGUUUGCGGGCGCAGUCAGCGGUGCAAAAUCUCAAGCAAAGCUCGCGUGCUCAAGGGUUUGACGCCAAAGGAAUGUUGGACAAGUCCAUUCCUAGCAAUCGACUGGCACACAUUUUCCGCGAUCGCAUCGACUACAAGCCAGAGGGCCGUACUAAAAACAAGCUCGGAUUGAAGCGCACAAACUCGGCACCGGGUGGUUUGGACGAGCUCGACACCACGAGAUUUGUCCGACCAGUCGGUUUGGUGCACGAUUACAGGCCAUUUUUAGAGAAAUACCAGUUGUUGAAUCAGAUUGGCUCGGGUGGUUUUGCUGUAGUUCACAAAGCGAGACACGUGGCCACCGAUGAAGUCGUCGCCGUCAAGACGCUUCAUGUGGAAGGAUUGGGUCACGACAGUGACGCCGAGAGCUCUUCCUCGUCUUCGGACGAUGAUUCCGAUGAUGAAGGCGAACUUCAAGCCAUGACACUGUUCGACGUAAAACGUGAGCUCGUGAUGAUGCAACAGCUAUCAAGGCACCCGAACAUCGUGACGAUUCGUGAAUUCUUCACUGAAAACGACGAUCGCGUUGUCCAUGUCGUCAUGGAUCUCUUGGAAGGCGAAGAGCUCGACGAUCUGGUGAACGAGCGUGGAUCACCUUUCCAAGAGGACGAAGUGAAGAUUCUUAUGUCGGCCAUGCUCGAUGCUGUGGCGUUCAUGCACGGUAAAGGCGUUGUCCACAGAGAUUUGAAACUUGAAAACUUUGUGCUGGCCAAAAAGGGAGAUUUGACGUCGCUGAACGUCGUCGAUUUUGGUCUCGCAAAGGCGCUCAACGCGCGCCAGAAAGCGCAGCACGUGUGUGGAACGCUAUCGUAUAUCGCGCCAGAGGCGCUUCUCGCGGGCGUGUACGGACAAGGCGUCGAUGUGUGGGCACUUGGAGUCGCCAUGCACGUGCUUUUGACGCACACUUGGCCGUUCGACGACGACGACGAGGAUGAACUGUACGAACAAAUCGUCGACUGUGAUCUCGAUUUCGAAACCGAGGUGUUUGAAAACGUGAGUGACGACGCGAAAGAUUUGAUCCAAGGGUUGCUCGACCCGAACCCAAAGCGUCGACUCACAGCCGCGCAAGCUCUCGAGCACGCAUGGUUCACUGGACAGGCGACGCACACUUCAAACGCCCUGCACAACAUGCACACUCGUCUGGAUUCGCUCAUAUCCAUCACGCGCCAGCCGGCGGAGAGGCGAUUCAAAGACGGCGACCUUGUCACUCGCCAGGGUGAUACAUCAAAGGAAUUUUUCAUCAUCACCGCCGGAGAGUGCACGCUCACCCGAGACGGCGUCGUCGUCGGCGUUCGUAGAGUUGGAAAUUUCGUCGGUGAGCUACGGAACCUGGAGGCGAGCGAGGCGGAAGAGGCGCUCGUCGCAUGGACAUCCGCGAGGGCGGUCGGUGACGUCCGCGCGCUCGUGUUCCAAGACACCGACGUGGACUGGGCGUACCAGCACGAUUACCGUCUCUCGUACGAGUUUGAGAGUAUGAUAAGGAAGCAAAGACGAGUUCUAGCAAAAGCGGCACGAGAAGAGCGUAAACGCGAGCUUCUCGCUUAA